CACGGUUCUCUUGUGUCGACUUCCGUCGUGUACGAUUUACGCAACAGACAGCCCGAUCCUCGGUCGUUGAGGGUUCCUUUUGAACACUUGGAGAACGAGAAAUACUUUUUUGAUAACACAAUGCUGCGCGCCGUAGUGACACGUGUGACCUCGGCGACGCGCACGAGUCUGUUAGCACCACGAAGUGCGACGACUGUCAUCGGUACGCAGAGCACCAGGGCAUCCCACGGUGCCAAAGAGACAGACGAGGAGUUUGACGAGCGAUAUGUAAAAUUCUUCAAUCGCAACGACAUCGACCACUGGGAAAUCCGAAAAGCCAUGAACGACUUAGCCGGCAUGGACCUUGUGCCAGAACCAAAAAUCAUAUGUGCAGCAUUGAAAGCCUGCAGAAGAUUGAAUGACUUCGCACUUGCUGUCAGGUUUAUAGAGUCCGUGAAGGAUAAAGCUGGGCCUCAGGUUAACACAAUUUACCCAUAUAUUCUUCAAGAAAUCAAACCUACUCUGGACGAGUUGGGUAUCAGCACACCUGAACAGCUAGGCUACGACCAACCAGAACUAGCUGUCGAAUCAGUGUACCAUAUGUAAUGAACUGAAUGAUUGAUCACAUAAACUCUAGUAUUUAUCUCUACGCUGCUGUGUGCGGCACACAGAAAUGUGCAUGAUGAGAGAAUAAUUUAUCAGUGGAGCUGAACUUAUACUUUCCAUGUAUUUGCAUCACCAGCAGCAUUGUUAAAUAAAGAAUUACAGUUGUAAUUAACA